AUGACUUCCUCCAAGCUGUCUACACGCGCUCCCAGAGGUCGCCCUAAAAAUUCGAAAAAGACCUCAAAAACGUUCGUUUCCGGAGACGCGUGCCUCGCUGGUGUUGCAGCCACAAGGGAACAAUGGCUGCUAGCCCAAAGCACCACCGAUAAUUACAAACAAUACGUGAAGAGGGGUAAGGCAUGGCUACAGAUGUGGCAGAAGGCAGGGAAUUCACUCAAGGACGAAGAUGGACUGGACUUGCCCGUAGCCGACGCCCUCGACGACAUCAGUGAUCUAACACCCCGAGUGUUGUUGAUAUAUCUAUUCCACAAGUGUGGGCAAGGUGUCGAGGAAGCCCAGGGACUUGGCUACGCAACAGCUUCAGGAGUUCAUGCAGCGUUUAAGGACUACUUUGCAAAGGUUCACGGUCGUUAUGAGGAUUAUUGGCGAUUGAAUACCUACACCAAAAAGUGGGAAGGAAACCCUAUGUGCGAUUCCUCCAUACGAGAAUUCGUCGAGUCCAUCAAAAAGCGAGAUCUUCGUACACGUGAUAAAAAUCGGGCUCAGGCAAUCUUUCCCUCAGAUCUGAAGGCCGCAUUCGAAUACCUAGACAGCGAAGCUGGAAUGUCCGAGUAUACCGAGACCGAACGCCUUUUUUUUAAGGGAUUUUCAACUACCGCCUUUCGACUCAUGGGCCGAUGGGAUGACGUAGCCACUAUGGUCCGAGGCGGUUUCUCCGAAGAGAAAGACUCAAUCGAUGGAACCCCGUUUCAUCAUCAUCGUUUGCACCGAAAAAAGACGGAGAAAGACCCUGAAAGCGCCCGAGAUAUGUAUAUACCUCAAAAUGUAUCCCAACCUGAACUCGACGCGUAUACUCAUCUCAACGCGUGGAUAAAACAUUUGGAAAUCCGUCGCGGUCGCGCUCUCAACGACACCGAUCUCGUCUUUCCUUUGGUAUCGAAGGCCAACAUCGAAGUGUCGACUUCAGCAAACUUUUAUACGUGGAAGGUUAUCUUCGCUCCUAUCUUCAAAGCAUCGGGCUUCAGUCGAGGAAAACUAGAUGCGCAGCUCAGUUCACAUGGUUUUCGCCGGGGUGCGGCACAAUAUUAUUUCAUGCAUGCACCUGUGUGUCUAAGCCUCAAAGCAAUCAAAUGGUGGGGAGGAUGGUCUGAUUCCGAACGGGUGGAGACAAUCAUACGAUACCUGUUGAAUCAACUAAGUGAUGCUGAGGAUGGGUUUUGCGAUGUUUUUAUGCCAAGUAGACGUGUGGAUCGUCAAGCAACCUUUGGAGGAUUGAAAUCGUUGUCACGUCCGCAGGCUCAAGACCAUCCAAGCGCAAGCGUCAGUGACGGAAAACUGCACACGCUGGAGACAGAAAUCAGCCGGCUCGUGGCGAUGGUGGAAAAGCUUUCGGUUACUCUGCAAGGAGGUUGUGAGGUGAUGGGAGUACAAUCUUCGUCAUACCCGCAGACCGCAGUAGAAGACGAGUUGAUGGACAUCGAGCCUUCUGUCUCUCCAUCUGUAGGCAUUGACAGAUUAGAUCACCCAAAAAAUGAACUUGAACCGCCUCAAGGCUCACCGACCUUACCAUCGCAAUCACUUGGUUCCGCUCCGAUUCUCCCUGAUCAUAGGCGUGAAGAUCUUGAGUCUCAAUCCAGUGAUCUGGCGAUGCCUGGCAACAGUUCAUCUAAUAUCGUUUCCUUACCUCUCAAAGACCCCCAAGAUAGUGUGCGCCCUUUGCCAACUCUUUUUUGUCCCGAAUCUCCCGGUCAAACGGUGCGACCUAGGGGACUCGCUAACUCAUGUCCCGAGUCUGUUGGGUUAAAUGAUCAUUCGCCGGCCAAGUCUUCCGCCAGCUCUCCAACACUUACCGGCCACCAUCCGACUCCAACCACUCUGCUCCUUACCAACCUGGUAGCUCCGUCUUGCGUGGCAACACCGGCUUCUUCUGAAAGCCAAAUCGACAUAUCUCCAAUCAACUCUUCACUUUCCAACACCCAAUUCUCUCUAUCUAUGGUUGCCACAUCCCCAACGACUUCGUUGCCUUCCACUUUGUCAGGUGGUCCUACCGUGGGCCGUGGGACGUUAGGACGAUUGACAGACUGGAAAGAGACCUUUAAGGCUUGGGAACAUGGUCAAAGCGAGGCUCUGGGAGUCAUUGCGCCGUUGCGCUUAUGGCAGAAGAAAUACGGGGAUACCCUCACGACUGCAGAGCUGAAGAAGUUGAACACUAUACGACUCAUCUACGACGAUUUCAAAUCCCAGUACAACGGCGACGAAGCCGUUUUCGAACGCACACUGGCCGGGGAGGGCCCCAACCAGAAGAACCUAACUUGGACGCUCAUUGAAACGGGGCUUCGUAGAUUGCGCAUGGAGAGGGGCGAGACUCGGUCUCGUGGGAUCAGGGCCACACGCGACAAACAUACUACAUUGGAGUUUGAAGGAGUCAAAAAGCGUAGAAUUCCCGUGACGGCGACGAAGGGGUCGUAG